CAUAUCUCUCCUCCUUUUUCUUCUUCCUCUCCUUUGUCUCUCUUUACGCCUCAUUCCUCCAAUCUCUCUCUCUCCCCUUCUCUCUUUUUCUCCGCCGCUGCUCAGAUCUUCCCCGUUCUAACUCUUUUGGAUCCAGAUUCUCCUCCUUUUUAUGUAGGUAAGACGCAUAAAAAGUGCAAGAGUCAAAGAUCACAAAAGUAGUAUUCGGGUGAUCUGGGCUGCUGCUGCUGUGAAUGAAUGUGGGUCUUCCGUAGCUUGGCAUUGUUUUGGAGACAAGGCUGCAGGCACCCAUGCUGGUAGAGAGCAUGCGUGGAUACUGUGUUUUGGGUGAUGCCCCUGACCAAAUUAGUUCCCGAUGCAUUCGGCGUGCUGACCAUCUCUCUAGUCCUUCUCCUCAUCCUCCUCGGUCUCCUCUGCAUCGCUUACUCUUUCUACUUCCAGUCUCACGUUCGUAAACAAGGGUUUCUCCAGCUCGGUUACUUCAGCGGCCCUUGGAUUAUCCGUAUCGCUUUCAUCCUCUUCGCUAUCUGCUGGGCUGUUGGCGAGAUUCUCCGGCUGAGUUUGUUUCGCCGUCACAGGAGGAUACUGAGCGGGUUGGAUCUCAGAUGGCAAGAGAACGUCUGCAAGUGGUACACCGUCUCGAAUCUAGGGUUUGCGGAGCCUUGCCUCUUUCUCACGCUCAUGUUUCUUCUGCGCGCUCCUCUCAAGAUGGAGUCUGGGGGCGCUCUGAGCGGGAAUUGGAACAGGAACACCGCUUGUUACAUCCUUCUUUACUGUCUCCCCAUGCUCGCUCUUCAACUCGCGGUUGUUUUAUCCGAGUCCCGUCUAAACGGUGGUAGCGGCUCUUACGUAAACCUGCCGCCCAGCUUCACGAGGACCUAUUCCCGAGUUAUUAUCGAUGGGGAAGAGGUCGCGCUGUGCGUUUAUCCUCUCCUGAGUACCGUCAUCCUCGGCGUGUUUGCAGCCGUGCUAACAGCUUACUUGUUCUGGCUCGGGAGGCAGAUACUGAAGCUGGUGAUUAACAAGCGUCUCCAGAAGAGAGUCUACGCUUUGAUAUUCUCCGUCUCGUGUUUCCUUCCGUUGAGGAUUAUUACGCUCUGUUUGUCAGUACUAACCAAGGCGAAUAAGAUUGGGUUCGAAGCGCUUUCUUUCUUGGCUUUCCUCUCCCUCUUCUGCUUGUCCGUGGUUUCCAUUUGCUUGCUUGUCUACUUCCCGGUCUCGGAUUCUAUGGCGCUGAGAGGUCUAAGGGAUGUGGAGGAAGAAGAUGAUAGGACUGUGACGGAAGAAAGAAGUGGUGCUCUGUUGCUUGGUCCGCAGACCGAUGAUAGCUUGAGCUUAAGAGGCCGGAGAGACUCGAGGUCUUCUUCACAGGAGAGGUAUGUGGAACUCAGCCUAUUUCUUGAAGCUGAGAAUUAAAAAUGGCUAUAAGAUUUAAGAUGUUGCGCAAAAAGACAUUAUUCAGUUUUUUUUUUGGCAAAGACGAUUUGACUGUAAAGGAGGGUUUGAGGGGAUUUUAUUCUUGCGAGGUUUUGUUGUUUUGAAAUAUUUUCUGCUCGGUGGAUCAUAUUUUUGUACCUUUAUUAUGUGAUCAA